UGUCCCAUCCCUGGCACAAAAAAUGGACAUCAAGAUUCCGUUUAUUCUAGCCUUCGUCUUCCUCACCCUCCUCCUUCUCAGGCUCAUCCGUUGCUACGUCACAUCAUCACGCACAAAUCCAUCAGUGCUUCGCCUCCCACCGCGGCCAUGGCAGCUGCCGCUCAUCGGCAGCCUGCACCAUCUCCUCCUGUCGCGCUUUCGCGACCUGCCUCACCGGGCGCUGCGCGAGAUGUCCGGCACCUACGGGCCCCUCAUGCUGCUCCGCUUCGGGGAACUGCCCACGCUGGUGGUCUCCACCGCGGAGGCUGCCAGGGAGGUGAUGAGGACCCACGACCUCGCCUUCUGCAACCGCUACCUGGGCGCCACCCUCGAGGCCAUCACCUGCGGCGGCAACGACAUCUUCGGCUCCCCCUACAACGCGCAGUGGCGCGAGCUCCGCAAGCUGUGCAUGCUCGAGAUCUUCAGCCACCGGCGCGUGCUCUCGUUCCGGAGCAUCCGGGAGGACGAGGUGGCGAACCUCGUCCGCUCCAUCUCCGGGGAGUGCGGCGGCGGCGGCCGCCGGCCAGUCAACCUCACCGACGGGAUCUGCCGCAUGAUAAACGACGUCGCCGCGCGCACGGUCGUCGGCAACUGGUGCGGGUACCGAGACGAAUACAUGCGCGAGCUGGACGAAGUGGUGCGGCUUGUCGGCGGCGGUGGGUUCAACCUGGCGUACCUGUAUCCAUCCUCGCGGCUGGUGCGCCGGUUCAGCGCCGCCGUGAGGGACGCGAGAAGGUGCCAGAGGAACAUGUACCGGAUCAUCCAGAGCAUCGUCCAGGAGCGAGAAGCCAUGGCGACGCCAGAGGGAGACGAGGACCUUCUGGGUGUUCUCCGGAGGCUGCAGAGGGAAGGUGGCCUCAAGUUUGCUCUCACCAACGAGAUAGUCAGCACCGUCAUUUAUGAUAUUUUCUCUGCUGGGAGUGAAACAACAUCAACCGUUCUAGUAUGGGCAAUGUCAGAACUUGUUAAGAAUCCACAACUCAUGCAUAAGGCCCAGUCCGAGGUAAGGGAGACCUUCAAAGGACAAGACAAGAUAUCUGAAGGUGACUUGGUCAAGUUAAGAUAUGUACAAUUGGUGAUCAAGGAGACUUUACGGCUGCAUGGGCCAAUACCACUCUUGCCUCGAGAAUGUCGUGAGUCAUGUCAGGUUAUGGGUUACAACGUGCCAAAGGGAACCAAGGUGUUUGUGAAUGUUUGGGCAAUAGCAAGAGACAUGAAACUGUGGCAUGAUGCAGAGGUAUUCAGGCCAGAAAGAUUUGAAAAUGGUACUAUCGAUUUUAGGGGUAAUGACUUUGAGUUCACUCCGUUCGGGGCAGGCAGAAGAAUAUGUCCUGGUAUCACACUCGGAGUGGCCAACCUAGAGCUGGCACUUGCUAGCCUUCUUUACCAUUUUGAUUGGGAUCUGCCGGAUGACGUCAGUUUGGAAAAAUUUGAUAUGGCAGAGACCUUUGGUAUAGCGUUAAGAAAGAAGUCCAUGCUUUGGCUCAAGGCCAAACCUUACAAUAAUUCUAUGCUAAAUUAAUCAUGUGACCUGUGAUGUGAACUAUGUUCUUGUUGCUUCUUACUUUGUACUAGAAAGGGGUCGCAAAAGAUUGUACCAGAAAGAGUGUGAUUAUAAUAUCAAUCUGUACUGCAUGAUAAUAAAUAUAUGCAGAGUUUGUCC